UGCAUCAUCUUCGCGUCCUCAGUUUACGGGAGAAAUUGGCGAAAAUUCGUGAAGAACUGAGUUGGUCCAGACUGAAAAAAUACACUAUACAACCGUCCUGGAUAAUCUUCGAGUUGAUACUGGAAGGAGACAUUAAGAUCACACAAUAUGAUCAGGUGCUAAUAUCGAAGUCAACAACAGCUGAUCUACUCAAGAUGUUCUACAAACUUGAGGAGUUUUUCUCACAGCAAUUCAAAUCCUCAAAGAGGGUAUUUUCAUCAUUGGAGCCAAGAUUUUCCACUGCAGGCAGGACAAGUAGCCUUAAGAGGCGUCAGAUGCAAUUUAGAAAACGAACAAUCUCUGUGACAGACAGUGGAAUUGGUACACAAAGAGAGCAUAGUGCCCAAGAAGCUAGGCAUCAUCGACACUGGCAGAAGCCACUAAAGCAAGUCCUGGGAUUUUGCUUGUCCUCAAUGAGUGGAGAGGCCGUGCCAAUUUCUGGAACAGUUCUUGGUGGCACAAUGGAAUUGCAUGGAAAUAAUAUCUCAUUAGCUUGUUUCCAUGGAAUUAACUUUAAAUCCAAAUCCUGGGCUUUGUUUAGUCUUCGUGAUCCAUGUAUUAAUUUUGCAACUGAGGCUCAACAGAUUGAGAAUACUUGUUGGAAACGCGAGCGCUAA